AUGGCCUCAAGUCCUUCGAAUAGAUUCCGCAGCGUCCGUAACAUGCCAGCAUGGGUGACGGAAAGCAGUGAUCGUGUUGGUCCACCGCCUCCACCACCGCCGGCCAAUAACGAUCCUGAGUAUGAGGUCAUCGAUGUGGCGAACCAGCAGCAAUAUUCCAACGCACCACCACCAGUGCCACUCAAAUCGCCAGACAUCAAACGGCUCACCGUGAUGAAGUGCGAUCUGUGCGGCUCGGUAUCGCCCGUGGUACGGUGCGAACAGUGCGAUCAGAAUCUGUUCUGUGUGUCCUGCGACGAUCGCUACCAUCGACACCCGAAACGUCAAACACAUGUCAGAAAGCCGAUUGAACCACCGGCGGUUGUGUCACCGGGCGCCAGCACGGUGAAGCCGCCCCUGCCGCCCAAGGGUGAGGCCGGAGCGGGUGGGCCACUGCCGCCGCCGAGAAGGAACAAGCGCCCCGGAAGCUUCCACUUUCCCAGUCCCAUGUUUGGCCGCAAGCAGGACCAGCAGACAAUCCCCACGACAGUUCCCCAAGGACAGCCGGAGCAGCAGCAGCAGCAGCAGAAACCGCCCCAACCACCGCCGAGUCCGGCCCUCUCCUUGCGGGAAAAGAUGAACUCUCUCAAGCGCUUCAUACAUCCCUCGAACAGGCCCUUACCUGAUCCGCCGGAGAAUAAAAUUCAUUCUUCCAACUCAUCGCUGGACACCGUCUCGAAACGAUCGCCCUCCAUCGGUCCAUCGUCUCGGUCCGUUUCGACCACGAUGGAAAAGAUCCAGAACAAUACGGCCGCUACGCUCGACCGGAUGACGUUGCUACAGCAACGCUACCGACAGCACCAAGAGGCGAUGAAGUCGGAUGGAGAUCGCAGCAGGCGGGCGAGUCUUACGUCCAACACGGACCUGCAGUCAUCCGCCACUGAAUCAUCAAACAGCUUCCGUACCAAGCCAACAGGUGCUUUUCACCAGCAGCCACCAUCACAGCAACCGUUCCAUGCGGUGCCACCAUCGCAACAGCUGGCCUCGCGGUGGCAUAACCCGCCGGCACCCAGAAUACGAUCUGGCAGUGUCGCGUCCGGCAUUAAUCUGCUGUCCGUCCCGGGGACACCGAACGGGCCGGGCACCGGGUUUGUGCACGAUCUGCGCAUACCGGGCAAUAGUAAUGCACCGUCUAUCUCUCCUACACAGCACUCGGAGUUUGGCGAUCCGAUGCAAUCGAUGGGGCCGAAUGGGCCGCGAAGCCUUAGCACGUCGGUGUUUAAUCUUCACCAAGCGCCACCGCCACAACCCAAUAUGUGGGGUUUCAGUCCAUUGCAUCAGGCUCAGUCGAUGGCUCAUUUCAAUCCGAUGCAGUGGAAUCAGAUGAAUGCCUGGAUGGGACGUGGAUCGCAGAAUGGUUCCAACAUGAGUCUCAACCUGCCGCAACAGCACGGCUAUCCACCGCAAGAUCCUGCUGGAUAUCCACCCGGGUGGGCCAACGCUUGGAACGGCAUGUAUCCAUACCCGAUGGGCAUGAUGCCAAUGAUGCCAGGUGUCGCAAUGCCACCGCCAAGAUCUCGGGCCAACUCACGAUCGCGUGCCGCCUCGCCGGCACUCAGCAUCAAGUCACGCAAAUCUACCAUGUCAAUGCGCAACCUGAACCGGAACAGCUACAUCGACGAUCUUACCGACGACGAAGACUCGGACGAUGGAUUCCACCGUGCACGGGGUCGCGGUGGUGAUCGGAGGCGUCGAGAGCGUCUCAACUCGACCAGCAGUAUGGACUUCGAAGAGCCCGAACCACCGACACAAUCCUUUGUGCGUGCGUCCAGUGUCAAACAUUCACGAUUUAACCGCGAACGUCGUGGUGGAGGAUCGUCGGCUCGGUCAUUAAUCGACUACCCGGUGUCGAGAAAGAUCAACGCUCCGGCCGCUCGCUACGAUCGUGAAGAGCUGGUGCGGGACCGUUUCGACAAAAUGUCCCUCUCGGCACCGCGUAAGGAACCUUCCGAUUCCUUCACAAACGAGUCCGAUCUAGAGGCGGAAGGCCGACGGGCAACCUCCAACCGAUCGCGCUCCGGCAACGAAAGCCUCAGUUCGCCGCGCAAGAACAACUCGGACUCGUUGACGAACGAUUCCGAUGCGGACUUUGAGCGAAGACGGCAGGCUAAAUUGAAGGCGGCACAGAAUAAUCUUUCCGCUUCGCGGCGCAUGACUUCCGACUCGCAUACGAACGAUUCCGAGCCGGAUCAGGACCGUCGCCGGCAGCAGAAGAGUAAGGUGGCUCCCCAAGCGCCAACACCCAAGAAGCCCUUACCGAGCUCCGAUUCGGAUGGGCGUGAGAAGCAGCGUCGGAAGAGUGAAACCAAGACGAGCGCUAAAGCUGUCACUACCGCACCGAAGAAGAUUCCCUCCGAUUCGCACACACCGGACACGGACGGUUCGGACCAGAGGAGACGGUUCGCCUCGAAGCAACAGCGCCAGCGCAAGAACUCCAGCACCGAGUUCAUCGCCAACGAGUCGGACGAAGAAAAGCCGGCGAAGAUCACCAAUCCCGAGCAGGUCGUAAAUGGACUGCUCGAGUUCCGUACCAUCUCCCCAGCGAAGUCGGAUUCCGACGAGCAGCGGCAUCUGAAGACGGUCGAGAUCAAGAACAUCAUCAACGACACCCGCUCGGAAGCGGACUAUGAUCACACGGACAUCCCGGAACAGUCACCACCACCGCCAGCACCCGUCGCACCGGAUCGUGAGUGGGAAUGUGAGUUCUGCACGUACGUCAACGAGCCCGGCGUGAAGAUAUGUGCGAUCUGCUGCAAAACGGCCACCAUCAGCGUGGUGAGUGGGGUGGCGAGAGCUGACGGCGAUCUACACACCAGUUCACCACCACCGGACGUCGUGCAGGAGACGCCCCAGGUUACCGAGGUGAAGCUGCAAAUCGUGCCGCCCCAGAAGUCAGCCAACGGUAAGCCCCAACCGGAACCGAAGAAAAAAGAUGUUGACGACGAGAUGGACACCGAGAUGGACCAGGUGGUUGGGGGCGAGGUUGUCGAAUCAAAUACCGACGGUAGACGUGAAGCACAGAAUGUGUUCGAACGAUCGGCUGUUAGGCAAAUGGUUGAGGUUCAACAAAAUCUUCCUCCCCAAGCGGACAACAACAUUGAGAAAAAGGUUGCAAAAGAAAAGGUUUCUACAGGUUGUGGUCCUUCACCUCCCAGGGAAAUCGUAAAGAUUACUGACUCCGAAGAUGCGGAAGUUGAACGAUCACGGUCCAGGGCUUCCAUUGGGACGUCGCCACCACCACAGGACAUGUCCACACAGACGUAUGACUCAUUUGAGCAGGUGCGUCACGAAAUUGCCACACAACAGCAAUCCGUCGAUAAAGCAGACGGCGAAACUACCCAAGAGCAAACCUUUACAUCUUCCGCGCUGUACAAGCGCUCCUAUUCGCUCGCCACACCGCAACUGCUCGAAGUUGAACGUCCCGCCAGUCGCAACAGCAUCUCUAGUGAUACGCAGAGUCUACCACCAUCACCACACGAACUGAGCCCUCAGCCAGGUCUGCAGAGCUCGGCACGGUAUCACGCAAACCAAGCACUGAAUCAACCGUCCCAUCCGACUCAAUCAUCCACAUCGCAUCACCACGGUCAGCCGCAGGAUGAUAGCCUAUCCUAUCUGGACCGUGCCAUCCAUCAGAUCAUCCAAACGGCCGCUAAUCAGACACUCGGCGCUGCGGGCCGCACUGCUGCUGUUCCCGAGGAGAACAUGUACCGCACGUUUAACGAUCUGCGCCACAUAGACUCAAAGUCGUCGGCAAAGGUCAACCCUCUGCCAGUGGGCGGUGGGAACGUACCACCGAAGCAACCAAUGCAACCAACAACGAUGGACGAUCAUCAAUAUCCAGAGGAAAUGCCCCAGCGGAAAGAGAAAUCGACGGAUCUCCUAAAUGGUGCCGCGGUUAAGGAAGAACCUUCGGAGAUGACACUACUUUUGCGGGAAGCAGAACGUUAUCACUUUACGGCGGAAGAGUUGCAGGCGGCCAUGAAUCACUGUGGCGAGAAACAUCCGGUCCAGUGGCUGCGUAGCAAUUGGAGCAAGCUGAUCGAAACGGUACAAACGUUGGCCACCAAGUAUGGGCACGAGAAGCGGGAAAACACGAUCGGUACGAUCUCGACCGUGGAAGCACGGGAGGCACUAAAGACGCAUAACGGCAACAUUUGGCGCGCGAUCACCGAAUGCAUUGAGCAGCGGCAGCGCAAGUAUCGCGAGAUCGCCUCGAAGGGUAACUUCACGCGGGAGGACAUCGUCACUAGUUUGACGGCGCACCACGGCAAUCUCGAACUGGCAAUGGUUGAGCUCAGCAAAACGCAGCUCAAACCGUUCCUGAUGCGCAUCUGGGGGCCACCGAACGGGGCCGACAACGACAGUGGCAACUUGCUGCUGCACCAAGCGCUCCAAGAGGAUCGCACUGGAAUCAGCAGUGAAAUUCAACAGUUUAUCAGUGCCCAUGUUGAACAGGAGCUGUUGGGAGUAGGUACAGUGGACAAGGAAAAGCAGCCUCAGGAACCAGAGGCCCCUAGCACAACAGAACACACGGAGAAAGAAGACACGGAACCAGAACUGCUAGCGCUUGGCGAGCUGGAAAAUGCCACAACCGUCUCACAGCCGGAUGAAGAGCAACGCGAAGAGGUAUGUGAAGUGCAAGCGACAACCACGUCCAAUACGGAAAUUCUGAAGGAUAUCGAGGCACUGAUCAUGCAAAUGGAACGGAAACAAGAAUCCACCAACGGAUCGGUCCUGCGCAACAUACAGCAGCUGCUCAGCCAGCUUGUAGACGGUGAACACUCCUGCUCCAGCAGGCCUCCAUCAGCCACAUCGAUACGUUCGCAGUCGGAGGAUGGUGCCUCCCCGACAACACCACCAACUCCCACUGGUCAGAAGGCUAACGCCAAAGCAACCGCUUCCAAAACUAAAACCGAUAGUAAAAAGAAAAAAGAAUCCGCCAGCCCCACAUCUCCCACGGC